UGCUGGCUUCUAUUUCUUCUCUCUUUUUAAACAAAGGUUGCUUUAUUAAUGUAUCCUUUUCCCAAUCCCAUAUCAAUCCUUAACCACCUCUCUCCAUAAAUACAUUCAGCAAGGCAUUUGUAACUCUUCUAUACAACCUCUUCAACUGUGAGUACUGGUCAUUUGUUUCCACAUCCAGUCCUUUUUGAAUCUUUGGAGACUGAUGGGCCUCCCUCAAGCUCCUGCCCCUCCCCAUCUUUACCCUCAACAACUUCAACUUAAACUUUACCAGGCUUUCAUUUUUUCAAUUCCUAUUCUCUUCUCUAUCAUUCUUUUUCUGUUGUUUUACUUGUUCUACCUCAAGAGAAGGGCUUCCUCAAUUUCAUCUCCUUCACAUAUAAUUCCAGGAAGUUCCGAUCAAGCUGCUCCAUACCACGCCUCUUCUAUUUGUCAGAUUGGUCUGAAGGAAGAGUUUAAAGACAAGCUACCAAUUGUCUUAUUUGAUGAAGAAUUAAUGACAAAGGAUUCCCAAUGCUGUGUUUGCUUGGGCGAGUUCGAGAUCGAAGAGGAAGUUUUCCAAAUCCCAUCAUGCAAGCAUGUGUUUCACAUCGACUGCAUACAUCAUUGGCUGCACUCGAACUCAACUUGUCCACUUUGUAGAUGUUAUGUCAUUUUCCCUACCACCAAAUUUUGUACUAGUCCGCUACAAUCUAGUGGACGUAUGAUACUGCCGCAAUCUAGCGCAAACUCUCACCAUUCUCAGAACAUGACAUCAGAACCGCAGCAACAAGAAGAUGUUGGUGCUGGAUUAACAGAACAAUUUGUGAUACCUAUGGAAGGACCAGCAAGUGUGACAACACAAUUGAGGGACUCUUCCAGCUUGCCUGAGUUGUCUAUUUCCAUGGAGAGUGGAGGGGGUUCUACAAAUGGAGAAUCUGUUAUUCUUCAUAUUCGAACACGAAGUCCAAGAAGAGAAAAUUUGCCUCUGCACGAAGUUGAAAUAAGUAGAUAGGCAAAAGCUCUCAAGGCGGACACCAAAUGGGAAACACACGUGUGAACGCCCGCGUGCCUAUAAGCAUGCACUUUCUUUCAGCUAGCUGCGUAAUUCUGUUUCGAAAAUUUCUUGGAAGGGGUUGGAUAGAAGGCCGGUCACUAGCUAGUAGUGUCAGGAAAUCACUGAUAAGGUAAGGUCAGCCUUGUAGCGAAAUCCGAAUUUAGCUCUUCUCAUGUCAGUAAAUGAAGAAAUUACAAGAAAAGCAUGCUAAGAUGAGCAUUUUUGCCCCGAAAAUAUGGUUAAAUCUUGUGGUA